AUGGGCUCACGUCAGAUCUUCAUUUCUUUCCUGUUGCUAUGCACCGCUAUGGCAUUCCCUCAAGAAACUGCUGUACACGACCAAGCGCAAGCAACUGUGUCAGUCACCGAGGCCGCUGCUCCAGGUGUGACUGCUGCAGCUGUUUUACGCUGUACUGAUGGAUCGACGGUUCUCCAUACAACCGAUUGCACCAUGGGAACCCCGAUAUCGUUCUGCCAUAAGAAAGCGCCCCCAAUCAAGUGCAACAAAGGGUACUUCCCUUCAGUCUGGCAUCCAGACCAUUGCAUGGAAGAGUCGACCUGUUUCCCCCUGAACGCAGAAUGGAUAACCACCGAGUGUUCCAAUGGAGGAAUUGCGUACUCGACCAAGACCCUCUUCGACGGGACACUUCCAGGUGGAAAGUCGACUGUUAUUAGUGCGGUUUCCUGCUCCUGUGCAGAGGAUCAAUGGUAUAGCAUGGCGCUGCGAGAGGGUGGACUGGGAAUGGAUACGUUCUGCAUGCCAUAUGGGGAAUGUCCACCUGGCAUGAUUACUUCUACUAACACCAAUGACUACUGUGCCACGGCUACUGCAAAUGAAUGUGCAAAUAUUCCUGCAGAGACAGCUUACUGUCAAUGUGCUGAUCCGACUGAAAGACCGAUCUAUCCAGAUUGGCCUGGUCUUCCUGCCAUUGGCUGUGAGGAAUGGGACAAAAAUCAUUAA